AUGGUAGUGAUCAGUUUGACAGGAGUCAGGGCAUAUGGGGAGAUCGAGUAUUGGCUGUCGGUCUUGAAGGUUUUCACCAUCAUGAUGUUUAUCGUCUGCGGUAUCCUCGUCGACACCGGUGCUAUCAGUGGUCUCACUUAUGGUUCGAAGUCUCGGUCCUAUGGCGGGACGCCUUUCAUUGGUGGGUUCUUGCCUUUGUUGAGACCUUUGACCCAGUCAGUUACGCCUAUUGUGUUCUUUGCCCUCUUUGUAACUGGAAGGACUUUGACUGGGUCGAGGUUUCCUCCUAUUUCGACGCGCGUGAAUAAGACCUAG